GACCUCUAAGGAGCCCAAACUUUCCAGUAGCACUACCGGCGGCUGCUGCACCAGGGUUACUGGCACACCUCAUAAAAGAAAGAAAGAAAGAAAGAAAACAAAGAACUCUUGAUUCUGCUACAUUUGCUACCGAGCUAAUUAGUGUGACAUUUAAUUUUGAAUUUCUUUGCAUUUCCAGUGAAGAGGCCCCUUGGUGUGAAAAAAAGAAAGAGAAAAUGAUAGCUCUGCUUUGCACCGCUUUGCUUUCUCUGACCCUGGCCAGCAGUGUGUACAGUGAUACCAACAGCACUGCUUCUACACCAGUCUAUGCAGCAGAGACUGAACUUGGUGAUCAGAACCGUGUGUUUGCCAGUCGCGGCUCCAACAUCACUCUACCAUGCCGGCUCCACCGCCAGCAUGGGAUGUCCUUCGGCCGCGUGGGCAUGAGGAUCAAGUGGACCAAGCUGUCUGCGGAUGAGUCACUGGAGGAAGAUGUGCUGGUGUCCAUGGGCUUCCACAAGAAGAGCUACGGCAGCUUCCUGGGCCGUGUCCGCCUGCUGGAGGCCGACGAUGAUGAUGCCUCACUGCUCAUCAGUGACGUGUCCCUGGACGACAUGGGAAAGUUCCGUUGUGAGGUCAUUGAUGGCAUGGAGGAUGUCCUUCAUGAGGUUACCUUGGAGGUGCAAGGUAGUGUAGGCUACAGUGAUGGUGUGGUGUUCCCUUACUCCCCACGGCUGGGCCGAUACAACCUCAACUUCCACGAUGCUGAGCAGGCUUGCCUGGACCAGGACUCUGUGGUGGCCUCCUUCGAUCAGCUCUACGGGGCCUGGAGGAGUGGCCUUGACUGGUGCAAUGCCGGUUGGCUGAACGACGGCUCCGUGCAGUACCCCAUAACCAACCCCAGACGGGCCUGUGGAGGAGUCAACUCCGGUGCGGGCCUGAGGAGCUACGGCCAGCGUGACAAGUCCAAGAGCCGUUAUGAUGUCUUCUGCUUCACCUCUGCCGUCAACGGCCGCUUCUACUGGCUGGUGCAGCCCGACAAGCUAACGUUCAACGAGGCUGCUCAGGCAUGCCAGGAUGACGGAGCUGAGAUUGCCAAGGUGGGCCAGAUGUAUGCUGCAUGGAAGCUGAAUGGCUAUGACCGCUGCGACUCUGGCUGGCUGGCUGACGGCAGUGUCCGCUACCCCAUCUCCAGACCCCGCAGGAACUGCAGCCCGACAGAGGCGGCUGUGCGCUUUGUGGGAUUCCCCGACAAGAAGCAAAAGCUCUUUGGCGUCUACUGCUUCAAGGGCCAGCAGUGAAGAGGAAAGGGCUUAGCCCUGAGCACCAAACCCAUAUAACCAUAAAUGAAAAACAACAAUGACAACAACAAUUCCACCAAUAAACAAAAGAUCCAUGUCAGGACUUAAUUUGCAUGAAGUAGCAUCAGCUUACCAAUACUGUGAUAAUUGUUUUUUAAUGAAUACUGUAAAAUCUCAUUUUUCAUACUGCAACGAUCCAAAACUAUUUUGUAAGCUGAAACAAGUGUUAUUCCUUAACAUUUUCAGUCAUGUAAUAUGUUGCCCAUAUAAUAUAACAAUAGCAUUUUUAGUUAUACAAAAUGUUGGUCAUAUAAUAACACGGCACUAUGGUUGAAAUGGACUGAAUGAGUUACAUCUUCUAAGGGCUAGAUUCAAUCAGAUCCGCUUUAGCCAACAUCUAUAUAGCGGUUGUUUUGGCGGUGUUGGAGGUGGAACUGCAUUAGAGCUGUCAAAUCGGUGAGCAGCUGGUCUUGAUCAUUGUUGCAAAGCUACAACCGUCCCACUCGCAUUAAAAUUGUAGGCUACAUAGAAAUAAUGUUCUAACUGAAAAUCAUUCAAUGAAAUGAGGAUUUCUAUCACCCUAAUCAAGGUGUCGAUUACGUCUCACAUUCCAGUGUUUGAACCCGGAAACAAGACUACAAAGGAUUUCUCUUAAUUCUACUCCGUGCAGCCAAUGGCAACAUCCGCUUUAGGUAUAAUGCCAGGAGCCACUUGUGGAUUUGACAGCUCUAACACAGUUCCACCCACAACACCGCAAAAACAACUGCUGUUCGGAUGUCGGCUAAAGCAGAUCUGAUUGAAUAGAGGCCUUACUAACAUGUACUGUGGCCUAUCUAGCAGCUUAUGAGCUAAAUUGCAUGAACAUAAUGACCACUGUUUGACUAUGGCAGAAGUCUAUUUUGAUUCCAGUAACACUUGCACAGUAAUGCUACCACAAAAAAAUGUAAAUAUAUAUUUCAAUCCGAAUCUGAAGUGAAUAUUCAUCUGAGCAGAGGGGCAUUUCACAAAGGAGAUUCAAGCUAGCAAGCUAACUUUCCUGAAACAGUAAACUAGGAUAUUGUUCCAAAGUUUCAGAAUUUCAGAAUUUCAGAAAAGUCUGCUAUUAAUUUACAGACCCUAAUCUCUGAAAAACACCUUGCAUUUUUGCUUUUAUUUUAAUGAUAGCUUUCUCUCAUCUGUGUCUAAAGACUUCCCCCUUACACCUCUACUAACAAUCCUUUGGGGUACUUUUCAACUUUAUGAACUGUGAUCCGACAUUAAAGUUUGUUUAAUUUCUGUUUAAGGCAUAAAAUAUAUGUAUGCGUGCCGAACUGUCACUCACUCGCCAUAGCUAGUUUAAAUCAAUAGCCAUACUGAGCAAUUAGUGUUACUAAUAUACCUUUUUUGUUCUUUAAAAAAAAGUGUUUUCAUUAUAUUUUUCUAAUGAUCAUUUUAUGUCACUAUGUGUAGCAUAUUGCUUUGUCAAAUUGUUUUGAAUUGUACUUUUUAGCAUCUCUUUUGAGAGAAAGACAUACUCCACAUACCUGCCCCUCACCCAAAUUUCAGCUAAAAGUCAGUGAAGGAAAAAUCUCAGCGUACUAUAGGCCUAGUGUUUAAAUACAAUGACCUAGCCAUCCAUUCACAGCCAAGUGCAUAUCAGGAUUGCAAUACAAUUGGAGUGAAUCCUUGCAAACUAAGAGGAACUCUGAUAUUGGUAUUUAACAGCAGUACAGAAACAGCUGUAUGUCUGUAACACUGGAAUGGCAGCCAAAUAGGGAUCCACAUUGACAAACUGCUACUGUUGCAAAGGACUUGGGUUGAUUGUACAUCAUCACCGAAGUUACGAGCUGCAAACAAAGGGCUUACAUUACACUUCUCAGGGCAUGCAACCCUCUUUAAGACCCCGUUGCUAGUGUCCAACAGUGCUUUAAGACAGUGCCUUAAACCAGGUGACCAUUUUGGGUGAUCCAUCCAGGCCACCCAAGACCUGCUUUGAGAACUGCCAAAUGUAUAAUUCUGGCAAAACGAUGUUGAGCAGCUUUUAUCUUCACACACAAAUAAAAACGCAGGGUCUGACUUAAAUCCUGACUUGAAGAGGUUGGUCCAGUCCAGACUCGAAGAUAAAAAGAGUCAAAGUAUUUCAAAACAAAUACAAAGUGGGAAAAAAGAGAGACUAAAAAUAUUGCAUCUGACUUGUGGUCUAUAUAUGUUAUUGCUUUGUAUUCUCUUAGCAUUAGAAUACUAAUGGUCCCCUAGGACAUGCAGGAGGUCGACAACUGAGAUCUGUGUUGACUGAAAUCACAACCACUAGCCUAUUGAAGCCAAUAUCUGCCAAUAAAACUGAUCAUACAAAU